UUCACUUUUGUUUUGCCAUGGUUUCGUUUUACAGGCUUGAAUUAUUUUUCCUUUAGAAUUUUAGACAGUUCAUUAAAGCUCAAAGUAGUUGCAACUAUAAAAGCGGUAGGUGAAAAAAUCACAGCAUGACGAUAUAAAAGUUCAGCUUGUAGAGUUGUGAAAGCUAACGAAGUAAAAUGCAAGUUCUUCCUUUCGUCAUGGCUUUCUUUAAUACCAUCCUUGCAGCAGAAGAACAUGCAUACCAGCAGUUCAUUGGAUGCGCAUUUAACAAUGAAGGGCAAGUAAGCCGUUUCUGGCGCUAUGGGUAUGACGGCAGAGAUAUCAUGCAUGUGGAUUUGGCAAAAGAAGCUGUGGUUGCUACCGGUGAACCUGGUCAACUUCUAGCAGAAGAGAGAAAGAGCACAGAAUACAUAAAGAGAAAAGAGGCACGACUAGUAAAGGUGUGUUCUGCAGUGAAAACUGUCUUCUUAAAGUCCAACAACUCCCUCUCCAGAGCAGCAAAACCUGCAGUGUAUGUGUCUUCUGGAGUAGAAAGGGGCCAGGAAUAUCUUAAAUGUGUCGUGCAUGGAUUCUAUCCAAACGUCAUUAAAAUACGCUGGACCCAAAAAGGAAGACCCAUCUAUUUCGGUGCAUCAACUACAGGAAUACUCCCUCUCAAAGACGGCACUUUCCAGAUGACCUCCUAUCUUAGCCUUGGUAACGUGAGCGCCCACAAUGUUACCUGUGAGACUGAACACUUGAGCAUUGAUGGGAAAUUGAAGACCACCUACGAGGAGAAAUCUUUGCCUCAAAUCACAGAACACAUACUUAAGGCAGUGGCUGGCUUUUUUCUCGGAUUUGCAAUACCGGUGUGCCUAACUCUACUAUUUAUAUGGAGAAGGAAACAAAAAACAGAACAACCCAAGGAUGACAGAACAGACACAAGUGACGAAUCAGAAGCAUCUUUAUUUUUUAAUGAAAUGAAUCUUUCUCAGUAAACAUAAAAUAAGCCCAGGCUAUUUAAAGCAAGUGUGACUCUAAACCAUAUAUUAUAAUGAAUAUUUAUUAUAUUUCGGCCACAGACAAAUACUUUUAUUUUCACAUUUGUGUAGAAUUUAAUCUCAAAUGUAGUAUACACGAUGUCUGUAUCUCUAUAGCCCAUAAAAGUCUAUGCAAGAGAUUUUAUAUACUAGUUUGUGAUGUUUAAGCUAGUUGAUCACUGCUUAAAGAGUUUGUAAAUGUAGUGGAUUUAUAUAGCUUUGUCUAAACAUGAUUUACACCAUUCACUUUCGAUUGCAAUUAUUGAUUUGCACAAAAUAAAUGGGCUAUUUAUGACA